UUUGAUGCGCCACAUCGUAUUCAUGCGAAAUAUCUUUUGGAUGGAAACAGGGUUUCAGCGAGUUUGACCUAACUGUGAUGGCACAGAAAGACUACACACUUCUUGGGGAAUCCUUGCUCUUGUACAAGGGUGCAGUUUUCGCCUUGCAACACUUUGAAAAUGGCAUACCUGAGGCACUUGAGUACUUGGACAGUUUGAAGAGUUUUCACAUAAGAGAUGGUGACAUCUUCAUAAUGACAUUUCCCAAAUCGGGUACAAUUUGGAUGCAGUACAUUGUCUCCAUUCUCCAUGAGAAUGACCAUCCUGACCUGUUGGAGAAGCCUACAUAUUUUCGUGUGCCCUGGCUGGAGUACCUCCGACCGGCUCAUAAAAUUGACACAAGGGAGUCUCCCAGAUUGUUCUGCUCCCAUCUGCCACAGCACAUGGUUCCCCUUGAUCUACAGAGCAACAGAGCCAAAAUUAUUUAUGUUACGAGGAACCCUAAAGAUAUUCUGGUGUCAUACUUUCACUUCUCACAAGUGCUUAACACUUUGGAGACUGCCGACAACCUUGAUGAAAUGCUGGAAAACUUUCUGAGUGGUAAAAUCUUAGGGGGAAACUGGUUUGAUCAUAUAGAAGGUUGGUUUAACAACAAAGACAAAUAUGAUAUCCUGUUUGUGAGCUACGAGGAAAUGAAAAUGGAUCUGAGAUCGGUGGUCAUGAAGAUCAGCAAGUUUGUUGGAAAGAUUUUGUCUGAUGUGGACAUUGACAAGGUCAUGGACAGGGUCACUUUUAAGAACAUGAAGAAUGAUGUAAAAGCAAACUAUCACAAUUCCGUUCAAGGGAACGUGUUGGAUUCAAGCAAAGGCAGCUUUAUGCGGAAAGGGACCGUUGGGGACUGGAAGAACUUUCUGACGGUGGCGCAGAGCGAGCGCUUUGACCAGGUCUACAAGGAGAGAAUGAAGAAUCUUCCGGUCAAGGUCAUCUGGGACCAAGGAGCUGCAUGAGUGAAUGUUUCAGCAUAAAGACAUAAAUACAUUUGGCAUUCUCUCUCUCUCUCUCUCUCUCUCACACACACACAAAUCAUUAUGUACACUCUUAAAACAAAUGUGUUGAAAAUAACACAACCUACGUUGUUUUCUAACACAUCUUUGUGCCCAGAUAGGGACAACAUAUUUGCUUUAAGAGCGUAUGCAUAUGCAGGUUGAAGAGCGAUCUGUUGCAGUUCAUCACAUUCCUGUAUGACCUUGUCAUGUCUUCCCAUCUUUAAGAUGCCCCCCCCCCUGCUCAAUAUCCAGCAAAUGUUCACUGAUUAAAGAUUAAUUAUGUAUGUGAAAUGAGACAUGAAACAAAAUAUGAAUAUGAUACUAAACUGAUUUUUGAGGAGAGCUACUUGGUUUGUGCAUAUUUUCCCUUGCAAUGUUUUCAUCAAUCAUCCAAUAUGAUAUUACAUUCAUGUUAUAAAGUAGUAAAUUAUGUAUUAUGUAAAUUGUUGAGAACUGAUCCGCUUACUACUUCUAUAAUAAAAACAAAAACUGA